AGACGGUCCUGCGUUACUUCUCCAGGCUCCAGACCCCAGGCAGUACUGCCAGGUCAACCAUACGGUGCCAUUGCUGGUGCUGUAUUUUGACGGGGAGAGCAACAUGAGGGUGGAUUUCCGACUCUCUCGGGGAUCCUUCCACGCCCUUAUGGCCAUCCUCGGCACGGGGUCUGACCAUGGCUGGGGACCCGUCAUUGAGGCCCUGGUCUUCCUCUUUUGGCUGGCCAGUGGUACCUCAUACCGCGUGGUAUCCAGGGCCUUUGCCAUGCCCAGGACCACUGUGCAUCGCGCUGUCCACAAGACCAGCAGGAAGGUCCUCUCUCUCCUCCCCCAGGUUGUCCGUCUUCCGACAGAGGAGGACUUUCCUCAUGUGGGCAGCAUCGACGGCUGCCACGUCCGUGUGACCCCCCCAGCAGAGGACGCAGCCUGUUACUUGAACAGGAAGAUUUUUUAUUCUGUUCAGUUUCAGGCUGUGUGUGACCACACAGCAAAAUUCAUUGAUGUUUUUAUUGGUUUCUCUGGGUCAGCUCAUGAUGCGAGGGUUUUAAAGAACAGCCCCCUGUACUACCAGCACCGGUACCCUCCUCCUGGUUUCUGCCUCAUCGGGGAUGGUGGCUACCCCUGCCUCAGGCAACCCAUCGCCCUCAUGACGCCCUAUAGGCAGCCUGUCCACAACAACCUCCAGGUCCGCUUCAACAGCCACCUGUCUAGAGCGAGGUGUGUUGUGGAGAGGGCAUUUGGCAUUCUGAAGACCAGAUGGAGGUCCAUAUUUUUGAGGGCGCUGGAGGUGGAUGUCCUCUAUGUACGGGAGGUCAUUGCCUGCUGCACAGUCCUGCACAACAUCUGCCUGACCAAUGGGGACCUGCUGGAGCCAGAAGCUGAUGUGGAGGGAGACGCAGAGGACCAUCCACAACCAGCUCCUCAAGGCGCCAUCUGUGGAGCAGAGGACAGGCUAAGGAUGGCCAUGAUGUGCCUGGUGCCUGACCAUAAUUAUGCCUAAAUGUGAUUAUUGUAA